AUGGCAUCCUUUCGGUCGCUUCGUGCGAAGUACGCCUCGCUUUUGAGACAAUUCGCGGCUUCCACCAGAGAUUUGGAAGUCCUCACCAGUGUCUCUACUGAGCCAAAUUCUCCCGCAAAGACCCUAUAUGUGUUGGACUCGUCCUUCAACCCCCCAACAUUCGCCCAUCUCCGCAUUGCCAGCACAGCUCUCUUAGAAAGACCCGACCCAAGCUCCCGAUUGCUCCUUCUUCUAGCAACACAGAAUGCCGACAAGGCGACGAAACCUGCGCCUUUCGAAGACCGGCUCGCCAUGAUGGAGCUAUUCGCGCACGACUUGCGCACACACCUGGCAAACACAAAGGCAAACAUGGCCUCUUCCGAGCCCACCGAGGAACUAGUAUACAUUCCCUCAAUUGACAUAGGCGUGACGAAAAAACCCUAUUUUGUUGAUAAAGCUGCGGCAAUCGAGGCAUGCGAUAUCUACCCCUCUCCGCUGGAACAGGUCCAUCUUACAGGAUACGAUACGUUGAUUCGUAUCCUCAAUCCCGAAUACUAUCCUCCGGAGCAUAACUUGGAGCCUCUUGUUCCUCUCUUCUCGAAACAUCGAUUGCGUGUGACGUUGCGACCGAGUGAUGAGUGGGGUACCAAAGAUGAACAGAGAGAGUUCGUCGACAGCAUUGCCCGUGGUGAUAUGGAGAAGAACGGCGUCCGCAGAGAAUGGGCACAGCGAAUUACACUUGUUAAUGGAAGGGCUCCAGGUGCACCUUCCGUUAGCUCUACAAAAGCACGCCAGGCAAUGCAGUCUGCUGUGGAGGAUCUGGAUUGGCUUGUUCCAGAGAACGUGAAGCAAUUCGUUUCGUCCGAAAAGCCGUACUCUGAAGACCCAAAGACCUGA